GACACCUGCAAGUUUCAUUUCAAGUCACAACAUGUCCCCGACUUCCCUCUGCUGGCAUAUCGCAUUUCAAUACCAGGUUUUCUUUUAACCGAUACCCCCAACAUCGAGCACAUUUGCGCAGGGAGAGCCAGGAGACCAGCAGCGAAAUCCCGCAGUUGCAAGUUUUUACGGAGCUGGGGAUCGUAUCACCCCCCGGUCCUCACCAACACAGCGCCACCGAGUUUGUUACGGGUACGGGUACGGGUACGCCACAGUUCCUACAGUUAAUGGGGGGGAACCGAACCCAAACCAAGGAAUUCAAGUAUCACAGCAAGAACAAGCCAGCUUAAUGACAUUGAAGAGCUUACAGUUAAAAAAAAAAAUUUAAAAAAACUCCUCAUACACCCGUCCUUUCGGAAGGUGGCCCUUAAAUUGCUUCACCUUCUCGAAUCUAAAUAUAAGGUUAAGGAUACUGGAUAACCUGGCUUGAGCAGGUUCAGAAAUUGAUGGGCUUCCAUUGGAUACGAACACCUGAUGGGAUCAAUCAUCUUGUCUUGUAGCUCACAUUUGGUAGAACUCGAUGACUCUUUCUCGUCAGCCCGCACAUUUCUAGAAUAAUUCCUCCCAGUCUUCGGGCUGGGCCCAAUUCUGAUACCGAGGAGUGGUCUAGGAAUAUAAGGUUCUGUAAUCUCAGGGCAGGCAUGGUCGAUACAAAGGCCACUAGUUAGGGAGGGUAAGCAAGUGCAGGAUCGGAUUUAGUCUAGCAGUUUCUUAACGAACUACCCGGUGACACACCAGGGCCCUAGUAGCACAACCUUCAUCAGUGCGCACAACCUCGCCCUUCCAGACCCAAUCAACCUCAUGCCUAUAGCCAUGAACGCCUUCGUGCAAAGCAUAAGCCGUUCCAGCAAUAUUUUGGCCAAGUCCCGGAAAUUUUGCGAUAGAGUACAUUGGAAGCUUCAGGAAUAUCACUCCUUCUUACAGAAGAUGUGUCUCUCAACCACUCAAACGCCAGGAGCCUCCAGCAAACUUCCAACCAAGGCCGCUCCUCUUACGCACGGCAGCCGAGCAUGCACGCAUAUUAGAGACGAGCAAAUGGAGGUAGAAUGACCGGAGUACUAAAGAUCUGUAUGCUACUUGAACUGACUGGACAAAGAAAUGCAAGACCGAGAAGAAAAGAUAGCAAAGUAAACCCAGUCGUAUCAUGUCAAUCGAUAAAACCCCUCAGAAAAGUCGCACCCUCCAUAUGGCCCCUUAUUAAAUGUGCAUAAUCCUAGGCGUCCCUUUCACAUAAACUUGUGUAUGCGAUUCUAGGCGUGCAUCACGUACGGGCCGCGCAACCCAUCCCUCAAACCUCCUAGAUAUAAACCGGGGACAGUCGUAGAAACUCCAUCCCCUUGAUUCUCCAAUCUCCAAACCAAUAAUCCCGAACCAAAGUUCCUGUCAUAUGUGCCAUGUCUAUCCCUCCCCCCUGGAUAAUGGGUGGCUUCGAGAAACCCCGCUGGGAGGCAGAAGACUCCCGCCCAAAGCAACUGCUCCGCCGGGUGUUUGGUGCUUUCAAACGCACGUCCCCUUCUAUGCCUCCUCCCUUCCAUCCAUUCAAGACUAACUCCUCUCAGAAAAACGCCCCGAUAGCCCUGAAUAUAUAGCCACCAUUUCCCAUAGUCCCGUAUCAGAGCCAAUAGUAUUCCCACGACCAGCGCUCCUCCCUCCGUGGAGUUACUCUGACUCAGACGCCCUCCCAUAUGCCCCCCUCCCAGGCCCCAAUUCAACAAUGAUAGUCCGCAAGUCCCGAGGAAGGGUCGGAGUCAGCUGCUCUCCAACGGAGCCGCUUCUCUCUUUAAAAGAUAUAGAGAUCGCUUCCAACGCAAAAAUUUACUUGGAGACUUACUUUGACCGAAUACUAGCUUCGCAAUCUCCACGAUCACUACGGAGAAGAUCUGUUGAGAGGCUGAUAAAGGAAUUGAGUUUAGGAUCGACAGAAGCAGCCACGUGCUGGGAAGAGUGGAGGGCUAAGGAAACAGAAUACCUUCGGCGGUGUCGGACCAGGCUUCAUAUCGGAGACUUCGAUACCCUGAGAAUAAUCGGCAAAGGCUCCUUCGGUUGUGUGAAGCUUGCCCGUAUGGAAAAUGGGAAAGGCGGUGUUUUCGCCCUAAAGAUUGUUCAGAAAGGCCUCCAGCUCAAGCAAGGACAGGAGGCCCAUCUCCGUGCCGAGAGGGAUUUACUCGUUGCCGGUGAAGGGAGCAGGUGGAUUGUGCCCCUUGUAGCAAGUUUCCAAGAUGAUGAGAAUCUAUACCUUGCGAUGGAGUAUAUGAUAGGCGGAGACUUUCUCGGACUCUUAAUGGAGAAGGGGACGCUGAGUGAGGAGAUGGCAAGGUUCUAUGUCGCGGAGAUGGUGCUCUGUAUUGAAGAGGUGCAUAAGCUUGGCUUUAUCCAUCGGGAUGUGAAACCAGGUUUGCUCCCCUGCUACCACUUAUUCUUGCCAUAUCGCUAACCCCAAGAAGACAAUUUCUGUAUAACGGCCUCUGGGCAUCUGAAAAUCUGUGAUUUCGGUUUAGCUUUUUCGGGGCAUUGGGCACACGACGGUGCGUAUUUCGAGCAGCAGCGGUGGGGAUUGGUCAAGAAAACACAAGUAAGUGUGGUUGGGGAUACAAUUGAUAAAAGAACAGGCAACGCCCUGGCGAGAGCAUUGAGCGCCACAACUGCGACCGUACCGCACGGGGAGAGAGUCCUUAGCUGGAGGAAUAAGAAUGGGCGGAGGAGAAUGGCGAGGAGCAUUGUUGGAACUUAUCAGUACAUGGUAGGUCAAUGAUCGACAAUGUAGGUGUCUGGCCCUAAGAUUGCGCAGGCCCCGGAGAUCGUCCGAGAAGAAGCGUAUGACGCUAGAUGUGACUGGUGGAGUCUCGGGGUGAUUAUUUGUGAGGUGCGAACAUAUGCUCUAAUAAUAUGGGAAAGCCUAAUGAUCGCAGAUCCUAUUUGGAUACACACCAUUCUACGCUGAGAAUAGAGAGGAGUCUAAAAUCAAAGUAUCGGUGGGUCUCAUCAACCCCAAGUAACCUCCAAAUGCUGACAAGCCCAGAAUUGGAGGGACCACUUAGUACUCGAUCCAACUACCCACCUGUCCAAGAAAAUGGAAACCCUCAUCCGCUCCCUCAUUUGCGAGAGAGAAGGCCGCCUCGGAUCCAUAGCCUACCGCAUCAAUGACGCAAGUGACUGCCUGCCCAACUACGUCUACCCAAACGAUGCGGAAGAGAUUAGAGCACAUCCCUUUUUUGCCGUGGUGAACUGGAGAACUUUGCAUAUGCAGAUACCCCCGUUCGUGCCCAGCGGACUACUCGACGAGGCGGAUACCAAGUACUUUACCGAGAGCUUCAACAGCAGGAGCACCAGCGGCGAGUCUUCCGACGCGGUCCCGCAAGUUCGCGCGAGGGAUAUGUUACUCCGGGAUAGCAAGUGCGGGGAGAAGAUAUUAGAGGCCAGGAAGAGAGGGGCAUUCCUAGGGUAUACCUAUGUGAGACCUGGCAAUGUGAGGGUUAGGAAGGGUUUGCUUGCGUACUAUGAUAGUGCACGACGGAAUUAACUGUUUCCCCGUUUUUUGAUUGAGUGAGAUGUGUAUUUUCGAAAAAGCAGAAUAAAGAUUACGAUACUCGUGUGUCGGGUCCUAGGAGAGGUUUAAUGAUAACAAUACUGAGAGAUGCCGCACCAAGUG